CUACAAGCAAUAAGUGGCUUAACGAUAUCAAGACCAUAUGGCCAAUUUCAAAAGAAAACCUCUCCAAAUUCAUAACACAUUUACACCCCAAAGUGGCACCGCAAACUAUUCUCUCAUACUUGUCUGCCCUGAAAUAUCACCACACGAUGAAUCAUGUGGAUUGGAAUGCAAUACGCUAUGACCCAUUGAUAAAACAAAUGCUAAAGACAAUAGAGGAUAAUCAUACCUUCAAACCAACACAGCAAAAGGAACACAUUACACGGGACCAGUUACACUAUGUGAAAACGAAACUGAACCUGCAGGAACCUGACAAUCGAAUGUUUUGGGCAAUCGCAUUGGUAGCAUUCUACGGUUUGGCCCGAUUAGGAGAACUUUUACCCAAAUCACAACAAGACACAACAAAGAUGAAAAAUUUGGAACCCGGUCAAACCUUUAAGUCUAACCUACAAGCAAAACCUACUGACAAGCAAAGCGAACAUGAGGUGUUCAUAUACAUUAAGAAUGUUCCGCAGCCAAGACAAAAGACGUGGAAUGAAUUUCCUUUAAU